AUGGACCCAUCCGUGAGACGGGAUCCGGAGCUAGAGGGUUCCGCGGAGAGCUCGCUACCGCAGCCUGCGCCUGCCGGGCCUCGUCCGCGUCUCCCUGCGCACCCCUCCGCGAGCGAGCCCGUGCACCACUUCGAGCGGGUUCAAACGCUUCCCCAUCGUCCUGCCGCGCGCCCCGCCUCGCCGGAAUAUUCGUGGGCGCCUGCUCGUGUUGCGUCGAACCGCCCGGACGGUCAGCCGCGGCAGGAGCGCGGGUGCUCGCCUCUGCGGCACCCUCAACAGCCGCCCUCUCCUCGCCGCCCUUCUCCUGAGCGCAGGCCGCGAGCGCGAUCCCCCGCGCAACGUUCUCCUCGGCGAUCUCCGGCGACGCGGGGGAGGGGGUCGCCUGGUCGUCGCUGGGAUUCGGGUCGCCGCGAGCAGUCCCCCCCGCGUCCACAUUCGGCUGGUUCCGGGGGACGGCGGGGCUGGCGGAAGGGCGGAGGGCGAGGCGGGAAUGGCAACCAGCCUGAUCCAGCCCUCGAUCAUGCUGCGGACACGUUCGUGGAGGUGGUGAGGCAGGCCCGGGCGAGUGGGGCGCCGACUCACGUCCAUAUUGAGGUGACCAACGGUCCCCCCUUCGCCGCGGACCCAGGCCAGGUCGCUCCUCUGCGUGCGCCGACGCUGCGCGAGUAUCAGCCCGCGCGUGAGGGGAGGGCUCAGUUCCGCACCCCCCGUCAGGUUCCCGGCUUCUCUGCGCCGCGCUUGGCUGUUGGCCGGACUCCUGGCUGGCCGGCGGCGUUUCCGCGCGAAGCGCGGACUGCACCUCUCCCCACUCGCGCGGGGAGAGACCCCAUGCUGACCAUGUGCCGGGUUCUGAAUCUGGCGGAGGCGUGCGAGGUGGUGGCGAACUUGCAGCUGGCGGUGUGUGGGGCCACGAGGAGCUUUCCGAGCAGUUUUGGUCCAGGGACCCGAGGAUCCUGCGUGACUUUGGCAGAAUCACUCGAGUCGCCGUUGGCACCCGUGUCGGACGCGCCCGCCGGGGUAGCUCCCUUAGCCCGUACUUUCCCCCGCCACAUGGGGGAUCUUGUAGGGGCUGCUCAAGCCGGGACCCCCUUGGACACGCUCCAGUCGUCGGCGCAUCUCCUUCUUGCGUUGUCGGCGUGCAUGCGCUCGAUGCUUGAGGUGGAGGGGGCGGAGCCGUACACGAUGUAG